AGGCUUGCCUCCGCUUCUCCAUGCGUAACUUCUUCUUCCGCUAAAAAUAAAAACAGCAGAGCAUUGAAGAAAGCUUUCUUCUCCAGUGCAUCAAUUGCUUCUCUUAUCCGUUUGCUCUCAUUAUACUUCUUCACAUUAAGGGAAAUCAACCCUUUAAAAACAAAAAAAAAAAAAAAAACCUAUACUGAUUCCAUCGUUGUUUUGAUUUCACACACAGAUUGCCGGCAGUUUGACGUACGGCUCAUACCCACUGUUGCUUUGAUCUGCCAAGGCUGCGUGCUCACCAGCAGAGUCUAGAGGAGAUAGGAUUAACUGAACACAUAAAUUCUUUACUUAAAAGAGAAACUGACAAAGUGAAUGGGACAACCAAAAGAAAAAAAUUGGCACCCCAUUUUAGGUGAUAUUGAUCUCGAGCAUUGGGUGCGUCACAUUGCUUGAUUGGGUGUGGAAGAGCCUACCUUUAAGUUGCGUAAUAUAGUCUAUGGAGAACGGAUCACAUUCCCGCUUCAGAAGCUUUUGUGCGGAGCAGAAGCACCUAUGCUCACAUCUCUGUAUUUGUCCGUGUGCAACCUGGAACCCCCAACAACCGUUCAAAUCUCUAAAAUCCCUAACGUUGCAUUUGAUUUAUUCAGUUGAUGUGAAGAUCAUAUUGUCAUCAUGCCCAAAACAUGAGUCUCUAUGCUUGGAUGCUUGCUCUCUUCCUUCUAAGGUGUUCAUUGGCGGAGGAAAACAACUGGAGUUGAAGUCAUUAACCUUUAUCGCAUGUUAUGGGGCAAAGGAGGACAUAUAUAUAUUUGUGUGCUGAAAACCUUCUAAACUUGGAAGUGAGUUGUUUACCACUGAAGUUUUCUCAUCCUGCCCAUGCCCCCAAGCUCUAGCAUGUCAGCUUCAAGGGAGUAUACAACCACACAUCGUUAGCUG